GACAAAGAGGCUUUUGAUCAGAGAAGUGAACUUGAUAGGCUCGGAAGUGAACUUGUGAGGUUGUAGAAUUUGACAGUGGUUUGGCUUUGCCUAGAUAACAUGCAAAAAUGAAAAGCAGAAGAAUUCGAAGUCUUAAAGUUACAGCACUUGCAUUCAUUGCAAGGAACAUAAGCUACUGGGAUGAGAUGAUUCCUGAAGAUCCAGAUAGUUACUUAUAUCUGUUAGGCCCCUUUGAAGGACUCGAUCAUGGUUUGACACAAGAAUUAUUUGAUACUUUGGUUAAAAAUGAUAAAUUUCUUCCAAAGCAUGUUCAUCUUCUAUUCCAUUCCCAGUUGGACUCAAUUGAUCUUUCCAAAUCGACAACAUUCAGACUUGGUGAGAGUAUUUUGAAGAUCUUGUUGAAACGCUGUAAGAAAAUAAAGAGCCUAAAGCUAUCGGAUGGUACAAGAUAUUCCAAGUCAAUGUUAAACUUGAUACCAUACAACUACUCAAACCUUGAAAGCCUCAUUUUUAACAAUGAGAACAUGUCCGAUGAAUUUGUUGCCAAUUUGGUCAGGUAUUGUCCAAGCCUUUUAUGUUUUCAGAGUUCCAACUGUGAAAGGCUAAAUACUGACUCAUUCUUAAGAAUGAAGUUAUUGACCAAUAUCCAAGUAUUAACUCUUGGCAAUGCAGAUGCCCUUACAGAUGACAUACUUUUGCAGAUUUUUACCAGUUGUAAGAAGAUAAAGCAUAUAUCUUUACCGAUGACAGCAGUUAACUUUGAGGCGUUUGCAAGCAAUCAUGUAUUCUUUUCAAUCCAAGCUAUAGACCUGACACUCAGUGAUCGAAUCGAUGACAACUCAGUACACAAAAUUGUAGCCUCAUGUCCCAAUCUAAAGGCAUUAUGCCUGAGUAAUUGCAGAGGUAUUACUGAAAAAUCUUUAGAAGUUAUAGCUGAGAAUUGCCAGAUGCUAGAGAACCUGAAUAUUUCUUAUUGCAGUAUCAAAAAAUAUUCAGAAGUAAUCAAGAGGUUUCUAAAACGUGCAGGGCACAGUUUAAAUUCAAUUGAUUUUUCUGGAAUAUCUGAUCUGAGGACAUCAUUAUUUGCCCAAUACUGUUCACACAUUGAAAAACUGUUUCUUAACCACUGCCCCUAUCUAGCAACUGAAUGGGUUCCUUAUGUUCUCUGGCAAGAAGUUAUGCAACGAAAUACAUUGCAUAAUGACAAGUUUAUGAAAGAAAUGAUUAGCCUUGGAGGUAAGCAUGAGAAGUAUAGUUUGCUACAGAUGUGCCCACUUUUGAACAAUCUUCAAAUCGAUUUGCAAAAAAAGAAAUCUGAUGACUCUGACUUUGAUCUUCAAGCAAUCUUGCAAGGUGGAUAUAACACAAAAACACUUUGUCUUGUGGAGCUUCCUCAGUUUGAUGACAAUAACCUGAGGGACCUGAAGAAUUUCAUGGAUACUGAGAAGAUUGAGCAUCUAAAUAUAUCUGGGAAUGCUAAAGUUACUGCUGGUGGAAUAUGGUAUGCUGUAGAAAACAUGAAGAGCUUGAAAAUUAUGGAAGUGCGAGGUUGUGACAUAUUUGACAGUGAGUUAGAUGCUUUAAAGAAAAAGAUUAUUAUGGAUGGUUAUGAUGUGGAUCUAAUAGGCCACAAAUAGAAUUGUUAUAACAAAGCAAUGAUUUUAAUAUUGGCUUAAAAUGACUUUCUUUUUUAACUCAAACAAAGAGCGUUGAGACUGGCAAUUCUAUGAGCAGGAAACUGGGGCAAUGGAAAGUAAAGUAAAGGCACUCAAAAGAGCAUGUAAAUCAAUGGAAUCAAGAAGUAUUUAGUUGGUAGCAAAUGAAGUAGUUUAAUAGUUAAAGGUUUACAGUAUUUUUCAUAUACAGAGUUUAAAUUAGCUUUAAAAACAAAGAAGAUUCUUAAAAAAGAGAAAUAAUAUACAAGUCCCUUUUGGUGACUGCUUUUAGGCAACUUUUUUCAUACAUCCCCAUAAUUUAUCCUUUGCACAAUUCAUUUUAAGGCAUAUAGUUCAAUUUUAUCCGCAUUAGUUUUUUUAAAAUUUAUUAUGUCCAGUACUAGAGCAAACCAAAGUACUUCAAAAGUAAAAAGUGCAUACACCUAGGAAUUGCAGGACACAGAGGGUAAAUGCCUGCCAUGUUAUUUCCUGCUUGUGCUUCCCCCCCUCACUUUUCAAAGAUAUUCACUUUGUCUAUGAAAGGGUGCGUCUUCUUUUGAUUUACUGUCACAUGUUGAUUAUAACAUUUUUGGGUAUACUAGGAUAUCAAAUAAAUACAACUGUGAGUUCCCCACAGUUACCCAAUACUCAUAGAGCUGAAUUUGAUCCCUAAAACAAUCAGAAAAGACACCUGUAUUUGUGCUUAUUAAUAAAAAGAGCUAACAUGCUGGUAUUAGUCUUUCUGGUUGAAAUUUUAGUAACCAUCUUAUGUACACUAACAUCAAACAAGGUAUUCUGAGAAAAGGGACCACUGCAUGUCAAAACAUUGGAAUAUUUUGCCACAUAAGGUCUUUCAAAUUCUAAGAAGGACAAUAUAAAUUGUAUUUUACUGAAAAGACUAAAUCCCAAGAUCUUGUCUUGUUUGAAUGGGCAUUGUGAUUUUAAAAUUUUAGUUAGUCGUUUACACAAGUAUUUCACCUUAAAUUUUAUAACUCAGAAUUUUAUGUAACAUUUGUCGGUCUUAUUAAUUUACACAUUUAGAACCUAUAAGUUGAGAACCAGGCUGUCAGCAAGUUUUCAAGCUUAGUCAAGUCAUCCACUUCAAUAUUCAUUACAUACAUAUGUUACAUACAAUAGAUUUGUAUUAUUUGUCACAACUUUACUGCACUUAGGUUAGCAAGUUGUCAAAAUAUCAAAUAGACAGUGAAAACAUCUUAACUGAUUUUGGAAUCUUUGUUCAACUCAGUUGUAAAAUUAAUUGUCAUUGGUGAUUUCUCAACAAUCUCAAGGAUUCUGAAUGACUUCUUCUUUGAAAUAGGCUUGCAUUCCUUGAUAAGCACAAGGUCACCGUCUUUACAAUCAUUGCCUUCAUCAUGGGCAAAGUAAACCUUUCUAUGGUUCCAAAACUAUCAAAAAAUGAAAAGAAUGCAUAUAAGAAGAAUUCAUCCAUGUUAAGGCUAUAAAGGAGCAUUAUUCAUUGUUGAUCUCUAUUUUCAAAGACUUUGCCUUGAUUUUGAGCAAUUUGGUGCAAAAAGAUUAAUUAUGAGAAAUGAUAUUAUUUACUAAGAAUUCUCCCAUGGGGCAAUUGUAUGCCUAAUGACAACAAAGGUUAUCUCUGGUACUCAGCUUGUGCCAUUCAUAACAGGCUAGCAACUAGUUUGCUGUUUUAUAAAAUGCUAAUUAAUCGGGAUUUUAUGGUUGCCUAAAUAACCAGUAUCAGAAUUAUCUCGCUGACACAAGUAGAAAAAUUUGUUUUCGAAAUAAAGUUCAUAGCAACAAUCUAGUCUUUGUUAGCAGAAUGGAUUAAUGCAAACCAAGUUAGAAAUUAUGUAUCACUUUGGCUAUGUGCAGGUGUGAGCAAAGUGGUUUUUCCAGAUUCUACCCCUCCUCCCAUUUUCGUUGUAUGUGAAUAAAAAUAACAUGCAAGCCACUUAUUUUCAGGGGGAACUAGUGAAUAAUUAGAAGUAUGUAAAAUAGGAGAAAAGGGGGUCUGUGGGCACUCCCCAGAAAAUUUUUUAGGAACCACACCCUUACCAUAGAAUUGCCCUGGCAUCAUUUCAUAUCUUAAUGCUUUUAUUUGAUAUUUCAAAAUGCCAAUGUAAUGUACCCCCAUGCUAAAUUAUAGUAUGAAGUAAAAUUUUUGUGAAAUGGUCUCACAUAUGGCGAGAGCCAUUUUUAGCCCAAAUUUUGCCUACUGAAAGAGUGCCGUAAACGUUCAAAUGAAACUGAAUAGUGUGCACACAUUCCACAUUUCGUUAGCACUCUUGCACACAUUCUUAUUUGCUUUUGCACACACAAUAUCUUGUAGAGAAUUGUCAUGAUGCUGCAGACUGGGAAUUAUUUAUGUCCCCCUUGCAUUUUUCACAAUCAGUUGAGAGAAUUGCAUAGAGUAAAAUGUUCAAGAAACUUUCCAAUCCUUCUUAAUGAUGCAUUAAGUUAAAUUUAACAGGUUGGUUCAAUUGACGAAAUAAAAUCACCUUUUUGAUAACAGGAUGAAGUUUCAUUUUUGUGACCAUCACCUUCGCGGUUUUGUCCAUCUUUGUCCCAACUACUCUGCCAAGAUACUGUGCCAUUCCUUAGAAAUUUAUUUUAAACAGCAAUAUUUCAGUUUAUACAAGAAAUAGCUGAUU